AUAAGUUAACCGGAUACAAACACAGCCUUUUAAAUAUAAGAGUACUGUCCCCUGUUAAUUUUUAACUACACAUGAUUUGCUCGUUGUUUCUGUGAUUGAAUGAACAGUUGUCUUACUAAUCAAACGUUUUUUAAUACGACAUAGUAGAUCUAGAUCUAUCCAAUUACACAAAUUAAAAAUGUCUUUAACAAUGCCAAAAAUAAAGAAUAAACAGAGGAGAGUAGAGGUUUAUAAAGAAUUUUUAAAGGAAAAGCGCAAGGAGAAAAUUGAAGAGAAAAAGAAAAGAAGGAUUGAAGAAAAAGCCAUGGGGGCUAAGGCACCUCCCAAGAAAAAACCAAAGACAAUUGAAAGCAUGCGCGUACCGGAUGAAACAAUGGUGGACCCAGCUCACCAAGAGACUCAAAUAGAUCUUGAGCUUGAUGAAAUGGCACCAUAUUUUCGACAAGAAACAUCACCUAAAAUUCUCAUCACAACCUGUGACAGACCAAAAAAGAAAACAAACAGUUUCUGUAAGGAGCUGAAGAAGGUUAUUCCUAACUCCGUGAUAAAGUACAGGAGAGGUCUAGAUUUAAAGAAGAUUGUGCCGCAGGCUAUUGAGAGAGACUUCACAGAUCUGAUUGUAAUUAAUGAAGAUGCCGGUGAACCUAAUGGAUUAGUGCUGUGCCAUCUACCCAAUGGGCCAACUGCUGAGUUUAAGAUGAUGAAUGUCAAGCUGUGUAAAGAACUAAAGCGUCUAGGUGAGAUGACAGAACACUUCCCUGAAGUUAACAUCCACAACUUUAACACCAGGCUGGGAGUCACCAUAGGAAGGAUGUUGAUGUGUUUAUUUCCCCAUAGGCCAGAGUACAGGGGGAGGAGAGUUGUCACCCUUCACAAUCAGAGAGAUUAUAUUUUCUUCAGGCAUCAUAGGUACCAGUUUAGAAAUGAAGAGAAAGUAAACUUGCAAGAGCUGGGUCCCAGGUUUAUACUCAGGUUGAGAUCCCUGCAGAAAGGCACCUUUGAUUCCAAGUCUGGGAUGUACAUAUGGAUACACAAGCGUCAUGAAAUGGACACAAGUAGAAGAAAGUUCCACCUAUAAAUAUGAUUUGGUUUAUAGAAUUAUCUAGCUCAAGAAAAUAAAUGUCUGUAUAAAAA